AUGGAGAACUUCCGUAAGGUGCGCUCAGAGGAGGCGUCGGUGGAGGGCGGGUCCGAGGGUGGGGGCCCGGGCUCCAGCCCCUUCGCAGACCUGGCACCUGGCGCCGUGCACAUGCGGGUCAAGGAGGGCAGCAAGAUUCGGAACCUGCUAGCCUUCGCCACUGCCAGCAUGGCGCAACCAGCCACGCGCGCCAUCGUCUUUAGCGGAUGCGGUCGGGCCACCACCAAGACCGUCACAUGCGCCGAGAUCCUCAAGCGCCGCCUGGCGGGCCUGCACCAGGUCACGCGGCUGCGCUACCGGAGCGUGCGCGAGGUGUGGCAGAGCCUCCCACCCGAGCCCACUCCUGGUCAUUCUCCAGGAGAGUCACCAACCAGUCUCAGUGUACUCAAGAAUGUGCCCGGGCUCGCUAUCCUACUUUCCAAGGACGCACUGGAUCCGCACCUACCUGGCUACCAGUGCCCAGACCCGAAUCCCGGUCCCUCAUCACCAUCGGCCGCGCCUACGCCCAAGAGGAGCCUAGGGGAACCCGCAACUGAGGAAGGCUCCGCUAAGCGGUCACAACUUGAGCCAGGUGCUGCGGACAAGGGCCGGAUAGCCUGA